AAUGGUCGUCCCUGUUUAAGGAUGUGGUGGGUGGGUGAUCUGAAUUAAGAUCUAAGUUGGAAGGAAGCUUAUGAACUGAAAAUGCCUCCCAAAACCAGAAGGAAGCUUAACCCUUCUUCAUCAAAGAAAUCUAAUGUUCCCAAUAAUCAAUCUCAAGUUCAACCGUCUAAGUUCGGCAUCCAACAUUUCUUCGAACGCCAUUCCCAAAACGCUCUUCUAGCUUCCCAGAAACUCAAUCAUCUUUCUUCUCCUCCCGCACCCCCUUCCGCUACCCCUCCCACCAAUCCUAUUCCUCUAUCCUCUCCCAAAUCAAAUGCCGCUUCCAACGGCGUCGUUUCUGUAUCCCCAAACCCUAACCUCCAUCCCAGUUCCUCUCCGGCAAUGGAGGCUGCUGACGAGGUAUCACCUAUGGUCUCCAAGUCUACCUCUCUGAAGCGUUUCAACUUUUCCCCUGGAAUGUUGAUAAAGCAGAGUCAAGAUGAUGGAGGGGAUGAGGUCACAUGGAAGAUAUCUCCGGUCAACGAACGUCUUCUAGCAGUCUCAAAGCACACCCCUGUAUUACCUGAUUCCUCAAAGCACAACUCUUUCUCAAUACACCAAUGCUCUCAGACCAAGGGCAUAAAUACGGCUGCUAAGGUUGACAAAUGGCUCUCGUCGCCGUCCCCCAAAGGCAAAGCUGAUAAAAAGCCUUUGCUUCAGGCCAACAGGAUUGGGUUGAAAAGAUUGAACCCUUUUCAGGAUAAAGAGGUCGGUGACAGCAUUGCUGAUGAGAAUACUUGUUUGUCAAGUAGACAGACUCCAUUCUGCACUCCACCAUCUCUACCAUAUUGUCCUGAUAAGCUUGCCAAUGGUGUUGCAUCUCAUCCCCUGGGUUUGAAGCAGCACAAGAAGGCAUUGCUUGAACUUCUAGAUCAAGUAGAAGAUGUAAUUUCUGUUGAGGAUUUUGUAUCCAGUGAAUCAGAGCCAUAUUCAUCAAAAGCGCAAGAGGGACAGUCCAAAGAAAUUCCUGUAACAGUUGAUUCUAUAGGAAAUGAUGUGUUAAUGGGCACAACAAACAAAGUCUCUGGGACAUCUUCUAAUGGUUAUUUCCUAGUAUUGGAGGUAUCUGAGAAGCAAACUUUUCCAGAGUCUGGUGGUUCUCAAUGCCCGUAUAAGGUUCUUCGCUUGGUAAAUGAGAAAAGUGGGGAAGAGCGUGCUGUUUAUUUGUGGGAAGAGUGGUCCUACAGUGUCAUUGCCCCAGGAGACACUGUGAAUGUCAUUGGUGAAUUUGAUGAAGAGGGAAAGUGUAAUGUGGAUCAUGAAAAUAAUUUUCUUAUCGUUCAUCCAUAUAUUCUGGUCUCUGGAACUCGGGUGGCUGGCAGUUUUAGUUGCCCAAGGAGAACUGUCCUAGAUGAGAGACUACGAUGCAAUGAGCAUUCGACUGCAGCUCUUAUUGGCAUCUUGCUCCACCAAAUUUUUCAGGCAGGACUUAUGAAAGAGUCCCCUACAGUACACUUUUUGGAAGAAUAUGCAAGAAUAGUGCUCCAGAAGAACAUGGAGAGCUUAUAUGCAUGUGGAGUAAAUGAAAAUGAAAUAUAUAAAACCUUGACUGAAGCUAUUCCGAAACUAGUAAAUUGGAUUGCUCUCUUCAAAGAUACGCAGCAGGAGCCGCAAGUUCCCACUGUAGAUUUUGGAUCUGAUAAUGGGGCAAAAAAGGUUAAAGUUUUAGAGGUAAUUGAUAUUGAGGAACUGGCAUGGGCCCCGAAGUAUGGUCUGAAAGGAAUGAUUGAUGUUUCAGUCAGAGUAAAGGUUGACUCAGGUGGAAAAGAAGGUGAUGAGAAGAUCAUGCCUCUAGAGUUUAAAACUGGAAGAAUGGCUAAUGGCCAGGCAUCCGCUGAACACUGUGCCCAAGUGAUCUUGUACUCUCUUCUUAUGUCUGAGAGGUACCUAAAACAUAUUGAUUCUGGUCUUCUAUACUAUCUCCAGUCAGAUCAGACGCAAGGGAUUGUAGUUCGAAGGUCUGACUUGGUUGGGUUAAUCAUGCGUCGUAAUGAGCUUGCACAUGAUAUUCUUAAGGCAUUAACAACACAACAACUGCCCCCCAUGUUACAGAUUCCAAGCAUGUGCAAAGGCUGUAGGCAUCUUGACGUUUGCACCCUUUAUCAUAAGGCAUUUGGUGGGAAUACAGAGAGUAGCGGAUUAGGUGAUAUAUUUGAUUCACAUGUACAUCAUUUUUCAAAUGCUCAUGGUGUUUUCCUCAGACAUUGGGAUCAGUUGAUUGACCUAGAAGCUAAAGAGAUGCAGCUUGCAAAGAAAGAAAUCUGGCGUUCUCAUAAUCUCAAGAAUGAGAACUCUACUGGUUGCCUUUCUUCUCUUGUUCUUGAUGAGCUUCCACAACAGGGAUCUCACAAAGAAAAUAGAUUCAUCUAUCAUUUUGUCUGUCGAUAUUCGCCUACUAACAAUUUAAGCGGAUCUGAUAGAAAUUCUAUUCGUGCUGCUUCUUCUCUGACCAAAGAUUUGGAUUGCAGUCUUAAAAGUGGAGAUUAUGUGAUACUUAGCACUGAAUCUGGCCGUCAAUUUGUUGCCACUGGGAUCAUUGUGGAGCUCAGCCCUGACCGUGUUUCCGUUUCUUUUUCUAAGGGCUUAAGGCUUCCAGGGGGUAACUUGUCUUCAAUGCGAGAAAAACUACUCCAGGAGGUCUGGCGGAUCGACAAGGAUGAAAUCAUGACCUCCUUUUCAGUUAUGCGGUUCAACCUCAUUCAAAUGUUUCUAGACAAUGAGCAAAGUUCUCAUCUCAGGAAGAUGAUUGUUGACCUUGCGGCUCCUAGAUUUGACAGUGGAUGCAUAUUCAGCCAAGACCCAGCAAUAUCUUAUAUCUGGUCCGAGAAGAGCUUAAAUGAUGAUCAGCGUAGAGCUAUUCUCAAGAUACUUACAGCAAAGGAUUAUGCUCUAAUUCUAGGAAUGCCUGGAACAGGCAAGACAUCUACAAUGGUACAUGCUGUAAAAGCCUUGUUGAUGAGAGGUGCAUCCAUUUUGCUGACAUCCUACACAAACUCUGCAGUUGAUAAUUUACUCAUCAAAUUAAAAUCUCAGGGCAUUGAUUUCGUGCGCAUAGGAAGACACGAAUCUGUGCAUGAGGAAAUUAAGGGGCAUUGUUUUUCAGGGAUGAACAUUAAUAGUGUUGAAGAAAUUAAACUGAAAUUUGACCAAGUCAAAGUUGUUGCUGUCACUUGCUUGGGCAUCACUAGUCCAUUACUCUCUGGAAAGAAAUUUGAUGUAUGCAUUAUCGAUGAAGCUGGACAGACAACCCUCCCAGUGUCACUAGGACCCUUGAUGUUUUCAUCUACAUUUGUCCUUGUUGGAGAUCACUAUCAACUGCCUCCCUUGAUUCAGAGUACAGAGGCUCGAGAAAAAGGAAUGGGAAUAAGUUUGUUCUGUAGGCUAUCAGAAGCACAUUCACAUGCAAUUGCACCAUUGCAAAGCCAGUACCGAAUGUGUCAAAGUAUUAUGGAACUGUCAAAUGCCUUGAUAUACGGUGAUCGAUUGCGUUGUGGUUCUCCUGAAAUAGCUAAUGCAAAACUCAAGUUCACAAAACCAAUCGCUUGUUCAUCAUGGCUAAAAAUUGUUCUAAAUCCAAGCAAGCCAGUCAUUUUUGUUAAUACAGAUAUGUUGCCUGCUUUAGAGGCUAGAGACCAGAAAACUGUGAAUAAUCCAAUGGAAGCUUAUAUAAUUGCAGAGAUAACAGAUGGAUUAGUCAACAAUGGAAUUGAAGGCAAAGAUAUUGGCAUCAUUACACCUUAUAACUCACAGGCAAGUUUCAUCAGACAUGCUUGCAAAGCAUCCGUGGAGACGCAUACUAUUGACAGAUACCAGGGGAGAGACAAGGACUGCAUAUUAGUAUCCUUUGUUAGGUCCAAUGAGAAUCCUAGAAGCUGCAGUGCUUCACUGCUUGCAGAUUGGCAUAGGAUUAAUGUUGCUCUUACACGACCCAAGAAGAAGUUGAUAAUGGUGGGGUCAUGGGGAACCCUGUCAAAGGUUCCAAUGCUUAAGCUUCUUAUUGACAAAAUUGAUGAGCAAUCUGGUAUUUUGAGUUUGUCCAACGAUGAUUUCAACCACCAAACUUGGGCGCUUCAGAGAUGCUCUUGGUCGCAGAUCAGAUAGUUAAGAUUUUUGCCCUCUUGCAUUUGCAAAACCAGGCAUUUUGUUCAUUAGUUUAUUUUUAUAAAUUCAAUUAUUAUUUUUAUCUUUUAAAAUAUAAAUAUGAAAGCAUGGCUUUUCCCUUC